AUGCCCACACUAGGUAUAACGGAUAAGGACUGUGAAGGUGAUGGAAGUUACGGUGGACACGAAGAUUUACUUUUCAAGAAGAUGCAAUUCAAAACAGUGCUACCAUUGGAAAAAAUGAGGUCAGCUGCUGUGCACACUUUAAUUUCAAGGAAGUUACGGGAAUCGAGCGCCGCUUUACGACACAAGGAGUCAAGGUUUAUAAGUCGACACACUGAUGACGCAUGGAAGGGUAGCUUCACGCCUGCAACUGAGGCAACGCAAUUUUCUCACAACAAUGAAGCAGAAGCUAUUGAGGAGAUUGCAAAUUACUACAUCAAAAACGCACUUAUUCAUUCGCAGCAGGCGCACAAUGGUGUAUCAAUAAAUCCUCCAAGUAAUGUGGCAAGAAUAGACCCCAGUUGCGUGCUUCUUACUCCAAAAUCACCACAACCAGUAGUUCAGAGAAGCGCUCAACCUCCAAAAACAGUAUUCCCUUCAUUUUCUGAGAGUGGUGGCCCAGCCUUGUCGCAAAGCUCACUUUCGAGUGCCAAUAUACCAAUGAGAGGAACAUCGCUAUCACUUCUAACGCCCAUGAGCGGUAAUGUAUCUUUGCUUUCGUCGUCUUCGGCAAAUGAAAAAAGUUUCGAAUUCACUGGGAGUCCUCUUACAACUGUAUCCGAGGCGUUAUCGAAAGCGAAUCAUUUGGACAACUACAAUGGUGCGCGACCUUCAUUUGGACUGGGGACGUUAACAUCCACACCUCUUGCUUUUAUGAAGAAGUCGUCAGCGACACAUGCGUUGAGCAAUGGUGAAAUACCAAAGAUUGACUCCAAUAACCAGAAUGUCGUUCCUGAAAGAAAUAAGGAUGAAAAUAAGAAUACGGCCCUACCUGAAAAGAGCGAAGAGCCCAUCAAGCCUUUUACACAGCUCGAAAACACAGAAAAGUCGUCAAAGUCUUUCGAAGAUUUUUACGUUGAACAAAUGAAACUUGCGGAAGAUUACGAUUUGGCGAAAAAACGUGUAGAAGAGAACAAAGAUCAGAAAGUCUUGCGUGCUUUGACGAAGCGUACAAUCGUGGAAAAGGUAACUGUGGAAUCGAAGAAAACAGCCUCCUUGCACGAAAUCGCGACCGUUUCCGGUUUCCUGUGCAUGCUUCUCAAUGGAAAAGAAGUUGUUGGAUAUGGCGAUAAAACUUUGCAAUUGCCAGAGGGCGACCUCAGAUAUUAUGGCUUCAUUAUUACAAUCGAGUCUUACAUGGGAGUCGUUGAGCGCGAUCCUUCUUUGGCCGUCGUAAUCAGCCGGAUCUUGACGCUUAUUUGCGGGAAUGUUCAACAAUUUGAGGCUGUGCUGAUGGGAAAGAUUCUAAGAACAUCACAGUUGAUAUCACUAAACGAGGAGAAAUGCAAAGCUUAUGCAACGCGCUUGGCGGAAAUCGAGGAUCGAAGAUUCGCUCUAAUUCCUGAAACGAGUUUUAUAAAGCUCUUCAUCCACCUCCAUGUGAUCGGAUCAGCAAGUCAAAGGAUGAGUCUUUUUACAUCAAAAGCGCUGUGGAGAUUUGUGAAGUUUGUAACAGAAGAGAAUUCGAGGAUAAUGGCUACGGCUGCCAUCCUCUUGGGAGUCAUAGAAAAUGGAAGUAAUCAUUUAAAAAUGGUCGAUCCAAAGAAGUGGUCCGUUGUGCUCGACAGGAUUACCAAUAUACUGUUGCCAAGACUUGAAACAGAAGUUGACGAAGACGCUCUCAGAAGGAGUAUAGGAGAAGAUGCGAUUGUGUCAAGUCUACGGCAUGCUGUAUUGCGUCGGCGUUCAUCGGGAUGA